ACUCGUUAUUCAUGACCAUUCCACCCGCAAAGGAGAGCACCGUCGAUGUGUUGGUCAUUGGUGCUGGGCCAUCGGGGCUGAUGGCAGCCCAUGGCUUGGCUCGUGCUGGAGUAAAUGUUAGGGUCAUAGACCAGAGACCAUCAAAGGUUGCGGCAGGUCAGGCUGAUGGUAUACAGCCACGUACCAUCGAGGUCCUACAGAGUUAUGGCCUCGCCGAGCGGCUGCUGCGAGAGGGCAAUCAAAUGCACAUGGCCGCAUUUUACAACCCAAGUCCUGACGGCGGUAUCAUGCGCACGGGACGAGCAGCAGAUGUCACUGCUCCCACAGCUCGCUAUCCCUUUGAGGUCACCCUCCAUCAGGGAGCAAUCGAAAACAUCUUCUUGGACUCUAUGGCAUCCAUGGGUGUCCAGGUAGAGCGUCCGAUCGUUCCCACAUCAAUACAACUCUCUGCGGACAAGGCGGAGUUGAAAGAUCCUCACAGCUAUCCGGCGAAGGUCGUGCUAAAGCACCUGGCACCUGAGGAAGGGCAUCCGGAUACAGAGGUGGUCAAUGCGAAGUUCGUGAUCGGAGCAGAUGGUGCACAUUCAUGGGUCCGCAAAUCGUUCGACAUUUCCAUGGAGGGCGAACAGACAAACUACAUCUGGGGUGUAGUGGACAUUGUCCCUGAAACCGACUUCCCGGACGUGCGCAAUCGCUGCGCGAUCCACUCUACGAAUGGCUCGUGUAUGAUCGUCCCACGCGAAGGCGACAAGAUCCGGCUCUACCUGCAGCUGACAGACAGCGACGUGAUCAGCCCAGAGACGGGACGCGUCGACAAGAACAGGAUGGGCCCCGAGAAGCUGAUGCAGGUCGCAAAGAAGACGUUCUAUCCAUACACUAUGCAUGCGGACAAGUUCGAUUGGUGGACGAUCUAUAUCAUUGGACAGCGUGUCGCGAGCCAGUUCUCAGUGAACGAGCGGAUAUUCAUCGCGGGCGAUGCUUGCCAUACACACUCGCCUAAGGCUGGCCAGGGCAUGAACGCGAGUAUGAAUGACACGCACAACCUCAUAUGGAAGCUGAGCCAUGUGUUGCGCGGAUGGGCAGACAUGUCUCUGCUCAAGACAUACGAGUUCGAGCGACGCAGGUACGCCCAGGACCUGAUCGCCUUCGACCGCAAAUUCUCGGCGCUCUUCUCGGACAAGCCGCGCACGUCGGAGAACGAGGGCGGCGUGAGCCACGAGGAGUUUCUGCAGGCCUUCCAGACGUUCGGCGCAUUCACGUCGGGCAUCGGCAUUCACUACGCGCCCUCGGCGGUUGUGAACACGACACACCAGGCGCAUGCGCCCGCGCUCGUCAUCGGCCAGCGCAUGCUCCCGCACGUCUUCGUCCGCACGGCGGACGGCCGCCCGUUCGAGGUCCAGGACCUCCUUCCUGCGGACACGCGUUUCAAGGUGCUUGUCUUCGCAGGCGACACAAGCGACGCGGCGCAGCUCGCGCGCGUCCGCCGCCUUGCGGAGGACAUCGAGGGCGGUUUCUACCGGCGCUUCGGCGGGCAGGACCCGAGCAAGGUGUUUGAUGUGCUCGCACUGUGCUCGGCGAGCAAGGAGAAGGUGAACUACACAGACCUGCCGUCGGUGUUCAGGGCACACUGGUCGAAGGUGCUGGUCGAUGACACCGACAUGUUCUCUCGCAUAGGAGGCGGGGGCUACGAUGCGUACGGCAUUGACAAACAGAAGGGUGCGGUGGUUGUCGUUCGGCCAGACGGCUACAUCGGCGUCGUUGCGCCCUACGAGAGCAUCAAGGACGUUGACGACUACUUUGCGGGGUUCAUGAAAGCAUAAAGGACUUGAAUAUAAUGUGCUGUCAUUAGGCUAUCUGUUGUAUACAUAUGUCCGUGUAAUAUAUGCUAUCGGGGAACGCACAGAUGCUUAGCAUGAUGAAGCAGAAGGCCCCGCUGUCCCGCAGCUCUGUUCCAACUCCUCUUCCUCCUUCUUCAGCCUGUUCAGCGUAGCUUCGAGCAUCUUUUGGCGUCGUUCUUCCAUAGAAUCUACUGCAGCCCUCGAAGAUGCUCCCCCGAGAAUGUAGCCGCCUCCGCCUCCCAGGAUCUGUGCAUCUCUCUCCAGUUCUGAAGAUGGAGUGUAGGCGCCGCUCGUAUCGUAGAGCUGGUGUGCCCCGGCUGUCGCUGCACGCUCGAACUCGGCUACCUCGCGGUUCAACUGAGAGUUGAGUUCCUUGAAGUUGUUGUCAUGAUCGCCCCAAACGUUGUGCGCAAGCUCGUGACAGAGCACCUUCCGCACCUCCUUGUACGUCCUGAAUCCUUCGUAGUCGUCCGUCCGUAGCCGCAGCUUGAUCGCUUGGCCUCCAUUGACAUUCAGGCCCAGCAGAUGCGGAUGCUCGUGCGGUGCCAGCUCGGUCAGCGUCCCGACGGCGAACUGGUGCUUCUGCAUGACAUGGCGGAUCGCAGGGUCUUCGGCGAGGCGGGUAAGCAGUUUUGUUGCAGAGUCGGGGUUCGGGAGGUGCGGUAAUGGGACAAUCUCGUGAAAGCGGAAUUGAACGGACGACAACGACGAUGGUGACGGGCCAGUGGAUCGUAGCUUUGCCUGCGGCUUCAGUGCCCUUUCCUUCAUGAUGCUUUCUUUUCUCUGAUGUUCACUCUCCACCUGCUUCAUCUCGCCUAGCUCUUCCGCUGUGGACCCCAACAUCUGAGCUUUCAGCCCACUCUUAAGCCCAGCCUCCGCGAUAGUUUCGUCGCUCCUGAGCGAGGGCUUCUUGCCCUUGUACACGAGUUUCUGGUUUGCCUUUGGAACGUUUGUCAGUUCCUCUAAACGAGUUUGAAGAGCAUCUAUGGGUGUAUCCGGGGAUAACGACAGCGUAUAGGUCUUUCCGCGGUGCGAGACAGUGAAAUCAAGGGUGCCGGUAGCCAUGUUGAUUGUGAUGGUAUAGUUACAAGUAUAAUGUGCGCGUAAGCAGCU